AGGGCCAGUCACCCGCGGGCCUGCGCCCCGCCGGCCCUCCGCGCCCCGCCCCUGGCCCGCCGCGGGACGAGUAACGGUUACGAAGCACUUUCUCGGGUGAGGUUUCUGCUUAGUCAUUGUCUUCCAGGAAACAGCUCCCUCGUUUCGGCGGCGGCAGCGGUGGCGGCCGCAGAAGCCGCAGCGACCGUCCGCGCCAGGGCCUCCCUCCCUUCCUUCCCUCCCUCCCUCCCGGACCGCCUCUCCGUCGCCGCCCGGCCUCCUCGGGCCCGAGCGCACACCGGGCUGUGGCCGCGCGGAGUCGGCAGCCUCGCGCUCGCCUCUGGGGCCUGGGGCACCGCCGCGCCCUGCGAGGCAGCCGUCUGCCAACUCGCCCGCCCGCCCGCUCGCUCGCCAUCUCUCCGCGGCUCCGGCGCUGCCCGGUCCCCUCCGGCGGCAGCUACCAUGGGCACCGACAGCCGCGCGGCCGGGGCGCUCCUGGCGCGGGCCAGCACCCUGCACCUGCAGACCGGGAACCUGCUCAACUGGGGCCGUCUGCGGAAAAAGUGCCCGUCCACGCACAGCGAGGAGCUUCGAGACUGUAUCCAAAAGACCUUGAAUGAAUGGAGUUCCCAAAUCAGCCCUGAUUUGGUCAGGGAGUUUCCAGAUGUUUUGGAAUGUACCAUGUCCCAUGCAGUGGAGAAGAUAAAUCCCGAUGAAAGAGAAGAAAUGAAAGUUUCUGCAAAACUGUUCAUUGUAGGAUCGAAUUCUUCAUCAUCAACUAGAAGUGCAGUUGACAUGGCAUGCUCCGUCCUUGGAGUUGCACAGUUGGACUCUGUGAUCAUGGCUUCGCCUCCAAUUGAAGAUGGAGUUAAUCUUUCCUUGGAGCAUUUACAGCCUUACUGGGAGGAAUUAGAGAACUUAGUUCAAAGCAAGAAAAUUGUUGCUAUAGGCACCUCUGAUCUAGACAAGACACAGUUGGAGCAGCUGUAUCAGUGGGCACAGGUAAAACCCAAUAGUAACCAAGUUAACCUGGCCUCCUGCUGUGUGAUGCCACCAGAUUUGACUGCGUUCGCUAAACAAUUUGACAUACAGCUACUGACUCAUAAUGACCCAAAAGAACUACUCUCUGAGGCAAGUUUCCAGGAAGCUCUUCAAGAAAGCAUCCCUGACAUUGAAGCCCAGGAGUGGGUGCCGCUGUGGCUGCUGAGGUACUCGGUCAUCGUGAAGAGCAGGGGGAUCAUCAAGUCCAAAGGCUACAUUCUGCAAGCCAAAAGGAGGGGCUCUUAACUCCCGGAGCGCUCACCGCUCACUGACCUGGUGUUGUCUGGAAUAUAAGAUACAAAUUGAUUUUAAAAUUGAGAUUUUUUUUAAAAAAAAAAAUGUAGCUCCGGCUUACAAGAAGCGCCCCCGAGGUGCGCGUGCAGUUGUUCGGCACUGUGUUGAGUUCUGAGGGCCUCCCGUGCCUCUGCAGCAGCACACUCACAGCAACCACUGUAUUCUUCUCAUUAAACUGCUGUUCCUAACGGAAAACGUCUAUGAAGAGAAAUACUUGCAAUAUAGUUCCUUUAUUUUUAUGAGUAAUAGAAAUCAAGAAAAUUUGUUUUAAGAUAUAUUUUGGCUUAGGCAUCAGGGUGAUGUAUAUACAUAUUUUUUAUUUCCAAAAUUCAUGAAUUGCUUCUUACUCUAUACUUCUAUAAGUGAUUACAUUACAAUUGUUAAAACAUACUAGAUUUUUUUCCCUGUCAUUGGCAAAACAAUCUAUCUCAGUAACUACAGCAGUCUACUAGUAAUGUAAAUAAAAGUCAUUCUUUGAUCCACGAAUGGAAAUUUAAUCUGUGUGUUCUUGCUUACAGCGUAGCUAUAGCUAUGCAUUGACCAUGUGUUCUGGGUCAUGUUUCUUCCACCUCUUAUCUACAAAGGCAGCAUGUCUGAGAAGGCGGCUUGAUGCUUUAACAUUAUUGUUUGGGAGUUUCAUAAAAGCAACUACUGUUGCUAUCUUCAGAGUCUUUGGACCUCUUCCUGUACUCUCAGUGUGUUGCUCAGUUGGACUCACACCACAUGCUUAGCACUAUGGGCUCUGGAGAGAUGAAUUAAGAAUCAGCCAAGUAAAACUUUUGAUCUCUGUACCUGUCAAUUACUGACAAGGAAUAAAGCCAGGAAAGGCAGAGGGGAAGAAAAUCAUUUAGUUUUAAUGUCAUACUAGUUUAAGAAUCAGAAAAUUGCAAAGAGGCUAUGGUCCUUAUAUGUAGCAUUGAAAGGUCUUAAUCUCUAGAUGUGCGUCUGUCACCCAGGUUCAGUUUCUCUUUAAAAGGUGUCUUGUAUGCCAAUAUUUUUAAACCAUGAGUCUUUGUAAAACCAAUUUUGCUCAGAAAAUUUCAAUGUAGAGAAAAGAACUAGAGUUCUAUGUUAAGCCAAUACAGUAGAUGUUUUUCUUAAGUGUGACUUUGUGGUUACUGACUCGAUGCUAUUCUCAAUUAGAAUUAUGUGAAAACAACUGAUUUGCCUACAGAAUUUGAACUAAAAGCCUAUAAUUAUAUUGAUUGUAUAUAAUGCUAAAUAUAUAGGUAAUGGUUAAAUUUGGAAAUGUAACUGUUUUCUAUAGCGUAUAUCUUUAAAUAUAUGUUGUAUUUAAAAUCUGUGCAGUGCGGUGUCUGAGCUGCUCUGAAGGAAAACUUUAAUAUCUCCUUUAUUGUUUUUAAAACCCAAGACACGCACACAAACAUUUUUUUUGAAGGGUUACUUUAAGGAUGUAAGAAAACAAAAACAAAACCUUCCUUUGCUGAUGUAUCCAGAUGUUUGUGAAUGACACCAAAUCUCAACAUGGAAGGAAAUAGAAUUAUGGGUUCAUUUUGUGAAAGGAUCAUGUACAGAAGAAUUUUUUUUUUUUUUUUUUUGGUUUUU